CCCAGCCAGCCCCCCGCACGCACGCACGUACUCUCCAGCAUGCCCUCGCGCACUCGCUCUUCCGCAGAAGUAGAAGAAGAAGAAGAAGACUGUGACACCGACACCGACAGCGACACCGACACCGACACCGACACCGACAGCGACAGCGACACCGACACAACCCACCAGCAGCAGCAGCAGCAUCCGCACUACCUCCUCCACCGCAUCGACAACCGCUAUCGUGCGCUGCUCGACACGAUGGACGUGCACCACGCGCGCGCGAUCCAGGAGCUCAAGGACGGGUACAACGCGAUCCUGCGACUGCAGGAGUCGCUGAUCUUCCAGCAGGCGGAGCACAUCGCGCGGCUCGAGCGGCAGCUGCGUCCCCUCCCAACAUCACCAAAUCUCUCGCCGCGCUCCAUGCCGCCCGUGUACGAGGCCGGUGUGGGGGCGGGGGGACGGCUGUCCCCCCCCGUGCCGCCGAAGAACGGCCGCAGGCUGAGCCAGGCGCUGGAUCUGGCGCAGCUGGACGCGAUACUCAGCGCGGAGGGGCCGCCGCCGCCGCCGCCGCCAAAGAAUAGGGCGCGCCCGAAGAGCGGCAGGAAUUCCUCGUUCUCGACGGUCGUGAGCGACGGUACUACUACCGCAGAGGAACAUCUGGAGCGCGCCGCGAGGGAGCAGAUUAGGACGUGGAAGAGGCAGGUGGGCUCGGGGGCGGGGACGGGCACGGCGACGGCGACGGGCACAGCGACGGAGAGUGAUAGCUUUGAGGAGGAGGAGGAGGAGGCCGCGUCGAGGAGUGGGAGCGGCGAGGAAACGGUGCGUGGUGCGUUGCCGGUAAGGAGCGUGUCGAGGGCGACUGGGUCGGUCAGGGCGCCGAGUGUUACCGGCGCAAGGGGCGGGGGAAGAACGCCAUACAGGCCGAGCACUAGUGGCGGGACGGCCGCGAAGCUGGUGAAGCCGAGUCCAGCGGCGGUGGAGAAGAAGCAGCAGAAGCAUCAGCAGCAGGCGAAGGCAGCGGCGGAGAAGCCGUGGAAACCGGUAGGAUUGUUUCGGCGGUUAUGGCAUCGGGGAUUGGGGAAGUGAAGGGCGUUUCGGUUUUAUUUUGGAUUCUGGAGCAUAAUUACAGCAUAGCAUAGCAUAGAUAGUACUUGCAUCGUCGGAUUUUUGUCAUAUUAGAUUACCGGUACAGCGUUUGUGGGAGCGGGUUUAGCGAGCGAGCAAUUCACGGGCGCAUUUUUGGAG